ACGUGUAAACAUUUCUGAAAUCAUUUCAGACAAAGACAGAAAAGGCAAAAUGAUGCCUUUUCAGUCGAUUGUCAGCUGUUUUCGGAUCCAGUUUUCAUAACGUAUUAUCCAGUUUUCAGAAGUUUAUGACUUUGUUUUAUUUCUUAACCUGACCAUAGUUUAAAAAAUGUCAAAACUAAGUCAACAAGACAGGAAAGACUUGGAGAAAUUUACUAAAUUUUUGAUUUAUAAAAGUCUACAAAUAAUUGUGCAAUCAAGGCUAGGGGAGAAGAUCCAAGCAAAGUCUAAACCAUUUUCUUCAGGAGCAGAUUGGUUUAACCUGGCCAUAAAAGAUAUAGCUGAAGUGCAUAAUGAAACAAAGAAGGCUUUAGUCAGUCAGACAGCUCUAUUAAGUCAAAAUGUUUGUGUGGAAAUUUCUCUCAAGACAUCAGAAGGGGACUCCAUGGUACUGGAAACCUGGUACAUAGGAUUGAACAAAGAGACUUGUGAUGUAAAUGCCAGGAUCUCAUACACAGUAUACAAUCGAAUGGGUAUUGCACUAAAGACAUUGUUCAGUAUUUCCAGAGUCACUCCAGCAUACAAACUUUCCCGACAGCAAGGAGCUAAUGCUGAUGAGUAUGUGAUAUGUUACCGGUUUUACCAAGGAGAUCCCCAGUUUUUCAUGCUAGGAGACAAUUAUCAGACUAUAAAGGUUGGUUCUGUGCCAACACCUGUUGGGACCAUCUACAUCAAUCUGGCAUACAGAACAAAACUAUUAAUAACACCUCAAAAAUCCUGCAAGGCAAUUCCCAUUGAAGUGAAGGAUGAUCAUUUUAAGAAAGACAACAGUCCAAGACGACCAACUACUCCCAAACCAUGCUCAUUGGGCUUUAGAAGAAACAGUACAUCGGAGGAUUUGUUUGGGGAUGGUGUUGAUGGACAAGACCUGUGUUCCACCACCUUCGACAACAGUCCAGGGGAAGCCUUCCUCCAUGGCAUGACACAGCACGGACUGAUGCCACCCAACAUACAACAGAAGACAACCCUCAAAACAGACAACAGGGAGAAUAAUGAGGCUCCCAAAAAACAGGAAAAUGUUGAAAAGCAGCUCAGUUUCACUUCCUACCAAAAAGUCGGGGCAUUUGCUCAGAAUAGGAAUUCCAAGGAAAUCAACAAUACUGACUUAGAAGAUGUACCAUUCCUAAACUUGCUGCAAGCGGAGGGCAAAUCUGAAGUUAAGAUGACAGUGCCAAGAGAACUGCAAAAUGAUAUGGAAUCUAAUGAACAAGUCUCCAGUAAUAAGUCGGAGGAAGAAAAAAGUUUGGAACAGGCCCUAUCACCCUCAGAAAGUAUAUCUAGUAACACAUCUGCCCCAGAUGACUUUGUUAUGGUGGAAUUGAAAACCCCUUUUGCUGGAGCAGAUCCAAACCAAGACUUGGGGAAAUUUUAUAGAGAAUGUCAAGGGGCUCCACAGCUGACCAUGUGCAGUGGUGAAACCAAUGUCACGGAGGCACUAGCAGAAAUUUCUAGUCAGAUACAAAUGUUCGAGUCCAACAUAGAAGGAUUUGAUGACUUUGUCACUUCUAUUACUGAAAGUGUUACUGUGGAAUAGACCUAAUAGACAAGUUUUGUGAUUCAUAAGAAGUAUUUAUAUUUGUCAACACCACUAUCAUUUCUUUUAACAAUAUUCUUCGUAACAUAGUGAUACUCAUAAAUAUUUUUAACUCAAAAGGGUUUCGUUAAUUACAAUGUAUUUGCCAGUCUUAAAUUGUCAUUGCAUAGGGUAAUAUGGGGAACAUCAUGAAAGUCACUGUAUGUUUUUAUUUGCCAGACAUUGCCUAAAUAAAAUGGUUAUUUCAUAAAGGGAAAACAGCAGUUUACACCCAUUGACCCUUCGGUGACCCGGCAAAGGGAAAUAUCUUUUGUUAAUGUCGGAAAGUCAUCUGUUGAGAAAUUUGAAUGUCAUUGCUUUACAUGUGAUAAUUUGAAAUGUACAAAUGUAUUCUAGUCUGUGAGUUGAUGAACAUGUAUUUACCUUCUAUCUGUAAAAUUUUGCGUAUUUUUAUAGGUAUUGGACUCUACGUAUGAGAUAGCCUCAUCCAAAAAUACACAGUCAGUACGACACAAAAUUACAGAUACAUUUGAUAUUUAUACUAGUAUACAUUUAGUUUGAUAAAUACAUGUAUUAAGUAAAAAAUAUUAUUGUAAUCAGAAAAUGUAAAAAUUUCAUAAUGAAAAAAUACAUCAAACAUCAUAUUUUUUGUAGUUUUUUGCAUCAUAUACUAAGGUACAAGUAUAUAGGUGUCAAAUGAUAUCUUAAGUAUUACAACAAAACCUAAAAAGACGUAUUCCACCCAAAUAUUGAAUACUGAGGAAUCAUUUCAAUUUGUAGCGACCAAAUUUUCAUGGUAUUUGUGGGUAACCCUCACUCACAAAUUUACAUCCUUGACAAGACUAAUACAUGAAAUGGAAGAUAUAGUUUUCAUACUGAAAAAUGAUGCAUCCAAGAAAUAACAUUUCGAUGAAUAAGCAAAAAACUCACAAUCCACAAAAAUUGGCCCCCACAAAAUUAAAUGAUUCCACAGUAGGUUGGUAAACUUUUUCUUUCUUAUAUUCAAACUUGGCUUGCCAAGCAAGCAUUCAUGAAAUGUCAAAUACACUUUUUUAGUGAUUUAGCAGAGACUACCAAUUAGCUGCAGGCGCUGUAGCUCCAGUAAGACUGAUCUGAAAACAUUUGGAUGUACAACCUGGGUCCCAGGUAUAGCCCAUCAAAUUUUGUUCAGAUUAUGAGCUACAGACCUGAAGCUAACUAUACCAGUAAAAUAGAUAUGUAAGUCAAAAUGAUUGUAUAUGGUACUGCAAUGGGAGAAAAUGUUGACCUAAGGGUUUGCUCACAAUGUCAAGUCCAUUAGGAAACUUGAUACACACUAUAUGUGUAUUUAUUUUGAGACGUUUGCUAAUGAGCAAAUGUUUAUUUAUGCUACAUGGAUAUUUGUGCUCAGAUGCAAAAUCGAAAAUGAUUUGCUAUCUCUUUUUAAGGGAUAAAAAUCUUGAGAGAUUCUGUUAUACAUAUUAUUUUGGUACAUUUUUCACAUGUUUUUGUAUUGCUGUGUGUUCAUAUGACAUGUAGUUUUGCCCUAUUUUACACAAACCACUGACUUCAAAGAUUGACUUUAUCCACUUAAGGAGGCAGGAUUGUCAACAAAUUAACCAUCUACCUUAAAUUUUAAGAUAUGGUUUGUUCAGCUACAUGUAUAAACUACCUGUAUUUUUUAAUCAGAAAAAAAUCCAUAAAUUUUACCUUUAAAAUUUGGAUAUUUCACUAUAUUCUUGUCUUGAAAUCUUCUUAUUAAGGAGAUUAAUACAGUCUAAAAAUGGCUACAAUCAUCCAGCCCUCUUAAGUGGGAACUAAAUGAAUCAUAAGUUCGGUACAUUGAUUUCUAUGUAGCAUAAAUGUUAAGCUCUCCAAAUAUCUUGCAUCAAAUUACUUUGCUUUUUUUCUUUUUGGAAGGAGAGGUAUUUGAAGUUUGUCUUCAUAGCAAAUAGAGUGCAAAUACCUCUCUCUUGCAUUUUUCUCUUCUUCUCCAUUAUCUAUUAUAACAAUUUUAAAUCUCUAUAAUUUUUUUUUUAGUAUGUGAAAUUCCUUUGUUCACUUGUCUUUAAAUAUGGUUAUAAAAAAGGGAAUUUAAAAUUAAUAUGUAAAUUACUUUUUAAAUAUACCUUUUAAACAAUUCUUGUAUAUUUUUGCAACAUAGAUCCACAGUUUCCAAUGCAUUUCUCGAAGCAAAAUCAAAAUAAUUUGCAAUUUUGUUGUGAAAUACAUCUUCAUGCUCAAAUGUGCCACUAGCUGUUUUUGUUUAAAUUUUCAUAGCAAGUGUUUCAUUUUGUUAAAAAAAUACAUAAAACUGAAAGCUAUGAAUACCAAGUGAAUGCUUCAUGAAGUUAUCAUACCUUUGUGUAUGUAAAAAUCACCGCAUGGUGAAAAUACACAAGUCAUUAGAGCCCUUUUUGAACAUCAUAUGUAGAAAAUUUAACAAGUUUUCCUGUACUUCAGUACACACAAAACGUUCUCAUGUUGUUUGAUAGAAAGUCAAAGACCAUAAUGCAUGGUCCAUUCCAUUAAUAAUUACUUGCAUACAAAUGUACAUUUUCAUUGGUUUACUGGCAUUUUUUGGAUGUGUUAAAUAAAUGGAAACUGUG